AUGCUGCGCGACAAGCAGUCAACAGAACCAACAACUCCCCCUGUGUGUGUAUGUAUGUACAACAUGCGCCGCCGAAGCCAGCAGCUUCCUGUAGUGACUAUUUCUGAGUUCGAGCGAAAGAUUGCGCUACUACGGUUGGCUCGGCAGUAUGCAGAAGGGGAAGGUCCGGUGGGGGGCUUCCAGCCACUGACGUCAGAACGCGAGGGGCCCCAAGGCACCUCUGCUCUGAGUGGCGCCGCUGCAGAGUUUCAUGCAGCUGUCCGCUGCAAUAAAAAGGGUAGGGAUCAUCUCAAGAAGCAGCAUCCGCAACAGGAGCAACAGCCAGACGAUGAGGAUACGGAGACAGCAGCAACAGCAGACGAGAGGACAGCAGCAGCCAAAGCUGAAGCUGCUGCUUGGAGGGCUGCACUGCAGCAUCACCCUGAGAGAUGCAACUUAUUCAAGAAGAUGCCUGCCUUUGCUUCAGUAGCAGAGAACUUGAAGUACAUGAACAAGGCAUACGGAUUCUUUAUCCCAGAUGAGGAGUAUUGCGUGAACCCUGCUGGUCUGUUGCGAUGUCUGUGGCGGGAGCAGCAGCAAGAGCCGCGUUGUCUCUUUUGCUACAAACGAUUUAGGGGGAUUCGCGCUGCAUUGCAACACAUGCAGCAGCAGCGGCACUUUCAGCUCAAAUGGAACGAAGAGCAGCAGGACUUGCUGCAUCGUUUUUAUGACUACAAGAAGUCUUACUAUGAGCUUCUGGAGCGGCUGAAUCGUCCCAAAGCCCCGGAGCUGCAGGCACCCAAGGUCUGUAGCGACACGCGCCAUGAAGACGAGACGCCAGCCGAAGCAACAACAGAUACAGAGGCAGCUAAAAUGACAGGGGAUGAAGAAAGUGCGUGGGAGGACUGCAGCAGCGACGACGGAGACGAAACAACGGCACCAUCAGAGCAGCAGGAGCUGGAGGCAAUCCUAAAGGCCAGAGGGUGGCGUCAUGCUCAUGUGACAGACGAAGGGCACCUGCAGCUGCCCAGUGGCCAGGAGGUUCUGCAUCGGUCACAUGCCAUCUUCUGCCGGCAGCGCCUCCGCCGUGUGGAGCCACAGUUGGCUGAGCAGUGUGUCUUGCAGGACAUGGCAGGGGUCCCACCUCAGCAUGCCUUGGUCAACCACAAAUGGUCCUUGGCUCUCUGCAAGCGGCGGAAGCUGCAAAAGCACCUAGGAAUAGUGGGAGGCGAGCUGUCUCUGCAACGGCAGCAACGGCCGUUGCUUUUGCCGCAGCAGCGCCGGCUUAUGUGGCGGCGAGAGGCAGAGCACCAGCGGAAGCAGCAGAACCAGAGGAUGAGACUAGGCAUCAAAGCCAAUAUCCUACAGCGCAAGAUCUUGAGAGAGACGAAGUUCUUCUUGUGA